UGGCUGGAAUCUGUUUAUAUUCUUCUUUUACUACAGCGACUGGACUGUUCAGCCCGCCUCGAAAUUAUGCACGCGGAGGCAACUCCCAUGUGGCGGCUUUUGGCGUUAUGUUGGGACAAGACGACGAUUGGAUGAAAGACACGAGGGAAAUGAGAGAGAUUGGACGAGUCUGCGAAAAGAAGAGAAGCCUUCCGAUGACGACCGGAGGCAGGAGCGAGCUGGGCGGCGGGUCCACGAGAGGCCUUUUGCAACAAAACUUGAAUAUGCUCAGGCGCGACACGGCAGCACGGCAACGGCACGGCACUCAAGGGCAGGCAGGCAGGCACUGUGACUCUCGCGCAAAAAUCAUCUCGGUACGCAGGAAAACGAGUACGGGACGGCUCUUAUUUUCUUCUUUCGACACGAUGGUUCAACAUGAUGGGCUUUGGGAGUUUUCCUUUUUUUCAUUUGUCUAUUUUUUGAUUGGCAGGAUGUCGUCACAUGGACUGGGGCGUUUCCAUUUUUCUUCACUUCACUUCUUAACUUCUUUUUCUCUUGUUUUUCUUUUGGGCGUAUGUCCUUUUUUAUUUUUACACUUCACUUCUGAACUAUUUCUUGAUAUCCGCACUCGAUCGAGCGUGCGGAUAUGAUCUUUUUAUUUCAAUUUCUCGUUAUUUUAUUUUAUCUAUUUUUGUUUAUUUCACCUGUUA